AUGAAUACGCGUAGUUAUUUUGUUAAAAGUAUAUAUUCCUUAAAAUUUUUACAAAGAAAAUUAUUGUACUCGAAUAAAGUUAACUCCAAUUCACUAAGCUCCAAUGAGAACAUUAGGAUAAGAUGUAUGCUCCAAAAUAGUAACUAUAAGACAUACAGAAAAAAUAAAAUAUUAAUCAGUAGCAGCGGUAGAAGCACUAGUGGCAGAAUUAGUACCCCAUUGCAUUUGGAAAUUAGAGCAUAUUUAUUGAAAAAAUGCGCACGAAAGAAAAGAUGGAAAAGUAAUAGUAGAACAAAUUUUAAGAAAAAAAGAAAGAGUAUUUUUAACCUCGUUAGAAUUAAUUCUCCUCUUAAUUUUACUAAAAAAUUAUUAUUAUGUUCUUUGCUUAUAUAUGGAAUAAAUAAUUAUUUUGUUGAUAUGACUCUCACCAGUGGUUCUAGUAUGUACCCAUUAAUAAAUAAGGAUGGAGUGAUUUUAUUUUAUAUUUGUGAUUAUGCUUUAAGAUUUUUUCAUGAAUUGCGCAAUAUGUACUCAUGUAGUUGUAUAAACAUUCUGCAUAAAUGCCAUAGUAUUAUUAAUUUAAAUGUUGAUCAUACGUAUUUUAUCAAUAUUAAUAAUAGAAUUCAUAGGAAAAUAGAAAAUCAUAAAAGAAAUAUAGAAGCACGUAAAAAUAUUUAUAAGAGAGGUGAUGUUGUGUUAUUAAUAUCACCUGUAAAUAAUAAAAAAAGAGUGUGCAAACGAAUUAUAGCAAUCGAAAGCGAUAAAUUAUUUGUUGAUAAUUUCAAGUAUUUUCUUGAAAUCCCUAAAGAUAAUAUAUGGGUGGAAGGGGACAAUAAAAUGGAUUCCUUUGAUAGUAGAAAUUAUGGCUGUGUACAUGUAAAUUUGAUAAUUGGUAAGGUUUUUUUCUUGUUAGAUCCUUUUAAGAAAUUUUGUUAUAUUAACAAUAAAAAAAAUUAUAUAAUAGAGAAAAAUCGAUUUUUGUAUUUGUCCAAUUAG